AUGGCCCAGUGGAAGGACACCCAAAGAGCCAGGGAUUAUCUGCACAAAACUGGAAGGUUUAUUGUGAUUGGCGGGAUUGUCUCUCCUGUCCACGACUCCUAUGGAAAACCGGGCCUUGUGUCGAGCCGGCAUCGUCUCAUCAUGUGCCAACUGGCAGUCCAGAAUUCCGACUGGAUCAGGGUAGACCCAUGGGAGUGCUAUCAGGACACCUGGCAGACGACCUGCAGCGUGUUGGAACAUCAUCGAGACCUCAUGAAGCGGGUGACUGGCUGCAUCCUCUCCAAUGUCAACACACCUUCCAUGACGCCCGUGAUCGGACAGCCCCAACACGAGACCCCCCAGCCCAUUUACCAGAACAGCAACGUGCCCGCCAAGCCCACUGCAGCCAAGAUCUUGGGGAAGGUGGGUGAGAGCCUAAGCCGGAUCUGCUGUGUCCGCCCCCCGGUGGAACGCUUCACCUUCGUGGAUGAGAACGCCAACCUGGGCACGGUGAUGCGAUACGAGGAGAUAGAGCUGCGGAUCUUGCUGCUGUGUGGCAGUGACCUGCUGGAGUCCUUCUGCAUCCCAGGGCUCUGGAAUGAGGCAGAUAUGGAGGUGAUUGUUGGGGACUUUGGAAUCGUGGUGGUGCCCCGGGAUGCAGCUGACACAGACCGAAUUAUGAACCAUUCCUCAAUACUCCGCAAAUACAGAAACAACAUCAUGGUAGUGAAGGAUGACAUCAACCAUCCCAUGUCUGUUGUCAGUUCAACCAAGAGCAGGCUGGCCCUGCAGCAUGGGGACGGCCAUGUUGUGGAUUAUCUGUCCCAGCCAGUCAUCGACUACAUCCUCAAGAGCCAGCUGUACAUCAACACCUCUGGCUAGCGACUACAGAGCCCUCUGCUCCACUCUCCCCACGUCCUCCGCCAGCACACUGCCCCUCCAGUCUCUGUCAGUCCCUCUGUUUCUCUCCUGCCUCUCUGUUUCACCAUCUCCUCAUCUUGACUGUUCUCCGCACUCGCUGACUUAACCUCCACAGUGUGUGGGACCUGCAGAGAACCACGGCAUACACUACUCCAUAGUCAUCUUUGAACAAACUUUCCUCUAGUCUCCAGGUUGGGGUGGGUGAGGGAAUAGGGGUAGGAGCUGGGGAAAGUACAGUCCUUGGAGAUGUACUGGUGUCUGUCUCCCAGCAUGCUCUAGAGAGGCGGCUCUGGUGCCCAUCCUCCCAGCAUGCUCUGGGGAGGCGGCUCAGGCACUCGCCUUCCCAGCAUGCCCUUUACCACAAAGGGCUAUUUUUCUUUUUUUUCCCAGCCCUCUUAGAACUUGGAUGAAAUCGGUAUCCAUGGUUCUUUAUGUUACAGUCUUGAUGCACUUCUGUGGUAUUACUUUCCCUUUGGUAGGCUAUCAUAGCCAGCCUCAGCACUCAGUAAAUGUGUGAGGGUCACACCCAGUAACGAGGGCCCAGACACCUCUGCUCUCCCAGCACGCGCACACACACACACACACAAACACAUAUACACAGCCUUUGGCUAGGAGUGAGACCUUCAGGACCUGAAACCUGGGAGGCAAGUCUGGGAAUAGUAAGGUUUUUCAGAAGAAUUUGUGUCCAUUUCCUUAGUUCCAGAAGACCAUUUUCCUGAUGUGCUGGACCUACGCUCACAAGAAGCCAUUCCAUCCUCAUUUCUUAAGCCCUGUCCUGGUGGUAUGUGCACAUUUACUUAUGUGGGCUGUGGCUGAUGGGCAGAGCAUGGGUUCCCUGCCAGCCCAGACAUUUCCAAGAAACCUUAAGAUCACCAGUCUAAGGCCUUGGGGGCCAUACUUAGGCACAUUCCUGCAUCUAAGAAGAAUCAUACAAGCAAGGCCAAAUUCUGAUAAUGCAGUAAUUUCUUAAAUAAAACUUGCUAGGAAUCCACUCGACCUUAGAGAUCUCUGCUAAUGGUGAUUAUUUAUUGCCCACUUGGCUGGGAAACGUCUUUGCCAUAAUUUAAGCCCAGGAUGAUCUGGGAGAAAACUGUUUGUUGUUCUGUAAGGCAUUAAUGAUUCUCACCCACUCUAGCUGAGGUAACACAGGUGGCACCCAAGGCUGAUUCUGUCUUGUGAAUCAGUGUCUUGGUCCUGUUUCUGGAUACUGGGCCAAAUCUCUGACAGGGCCUGGGAGAGCCUAGCAGCCACUGUAACCACCUGCUGAAAUCUGUCUGACAGGGGAGUGGGUUCACAGAAGAGAGUUCAUGAGGGUGGUUAGGAGCCUCUAAACCAUAUGGAUUUAGCUGUUUCAUCCCUUGUCUCCCUAAUUUCCCACAUUCCUCUGCUGCCCCUGGUAACACAGUUUUGACAGGCCCUGUUCUGAUUGUUAAGGCCUCACACAUGUCCUACUUGGAAAGCCCAAAAUUACUUUCUUGGGCUUUGUAUCCCUCAGCUAGUCUCUGGCUCUUGGGUUUCUGGUUGUCUGUGAAAAAUAGUCCCCAAGCAGUAGGAUAGUUUUGACAGAAAUCUAGUGGUAGUUAUGGCCGAGGAGGAACAGGCUGGGACAUGACACCAGGGACAGCGUUCUUCUUCACACAUUGUUACCUCUGAAGCAACCUUUGAUAGCUUCCAGGAAAAGGAACUCAAUUCUACAUAGGAGCAUGGUAGAGUAGCAUCCUGAGGGGUGUUAUUGUUCUUGCAUUGUGGAAAUAAUCUCCAUAGAAGGAAACAAAGAUCCUAUUCUUGGGUCUCAGUGUUUGGCCAAAGAUCGUGGACUUAUAAAACUGGAAAAAACUUUAGAGCUCUGUUGAUCCAACAUUCUCCUUUAAAUGACGAGGAAGCAGAGGUCCAUGGGAUUAAAAGGCUCGUCCAAGGUCACACAGCAAGUGUGGAACCUGGGAAGAGGAUAUUGUUUCCCUGACCUUUAGGCCAUUGCACCACAUGGUCUCUCUCCCUCCAGUUCUCCAUGAUACUGACAAGGUACUAUGUAGUUUCUACCCUUCCCAAGCCUUUACCUGGCAUCUUUCUCUUACAUUUUGUCUCUCCCAGGUGUUCCCACAUGUGGCAUUGUGCAUAUCAGUCCCAGGAGAGGGCGUGAUGGUGAACAAGGAAGCUAGGUUUUCCUUAGAAAUCAAGAGAUCUCUCAACAGUUUGCAGGGAAGCCCAGAAAUGGACCCUCUGAAGCCAAGAAAAGACUGCUUUGUGGAAGGCUAACAAGUACACAGCAAGUGUUCAGGAUGAUACUAUUGUUGGAGAGAGAAAGAUGGAAGAAACUUUGUCCAGGAAAAAGAGCCAUAAGGUGAAAAAUGAUACAAAGGAAAACAAGGAGCUAGAUUUUCUGGGCGAAAUGUGGCAUUUGCAAGAACAUGGAGUUUGUAGGUAGACUCCAAAGGCCGGGUAUGAGGGCCCAUUUGACCAGACCCAAGACAGACUGGAUUUGUUUUGUCUCUUAGGUCUACUCUUACUCAGCUGGUCUUUAGCCAAGGCCAUUUAGUCCACAAUUCAUGAGAAGGAAUUGGGCUGGCUCUUCGUGUUCAGUGUCGGGGCAGGGAGGCCUAUGGGAUGGGAGAGUGAGAUAAAUGAAGGAAAAGGGUAGGGCAAUGGAAGAAGUAGAUUUCUAGAAUGAAAUGGGGUAGACCUUAACGUGGUGGAUCACAGGAAUCAUGCUAAAAAUAGCUUUCCUUUGAGGAAAGCCAACCCCCAGUUCUCUUAGAAUCAUCCAUUUAUCACCCAGCCCCAUUCCUUGUUUCCUUGGGGGGAGGUCAGAGCAGCUCUCUCUCUCCAGGGCAGGACAUCAUGGCUCUGAUCCAGUCACAGCCAACACCACAGAGAUGAUUCAGAGUUGAAGUGGUAACUAAGGUGCCAACAGGAUGACCUCUAGGACCUGACUUCCUCUGGGAUCCUGCUCCUUCCUACAAAGGGCAACCCAAAGCUGGCAUGACUCAGAGAGCUUGAGAAAGGCAUGGGCUAGAAUGAGAGUGCCAAGAGGGGUCUGGAGCCUCAUUUCCUGCCUACCAAUAAAAAAUGUCUCUCCCAUUUUUUCUGAAAAUGACUGAUAUGUGUAAGAACAGGCAGGAGGAAAACCCUUUGUGUCAAUGACUCUCUCCUUAAGUAAUGCUCUUCUGGGGGUCUGUGCUGUUGAGGGUGCUUCAUUCGCCCCCCAGACAGCCUCUGGGGCCUUCUUGCUUCAUUUUCCUUGAAUGUACAUAGGAACGGGGUAGGGGGAAUGUCUCUUACUGAAGUGCCUGAAACCAGAGCUAGAGCUUCUAGAGACACCGUUCUUCCUGUCUCAGCUUUGCCAGCCUUUCCCCAACAUUCUCUAGUCUCAUGCUCCAGCUUCUUGGAAGGAAUAAAAGAACUUCUGUUCGAAUUAAGCAGAAAGCAAGACUUAAUCACACUACAGCGAGGGGCAGAGAAUUACAGGGAAAAACGACUUGUACUUUAACAAUCCGAAUCCACUCUCCCCCAAUCUAAUACACACACACACACUUUUAGGGGACUAAUUAGAGAAGCAUGUGAUUAUAUUUGCUUCAUCAAAAGAAUAAUGCAAAAUAAAUUAGUAGAAUACGAAAAGCUCAGGAUCUCUCCCAAGCUCCUGAAGUAGGGCCAACAGGUGAGAUGGGAAGGGUGGAAACAGGGACCGAUUUUGUAGCUCAUCCAGUUAGGACGGCAUGCUUGAGGGAUCGUAUUGUGGUAAUGAUGAUGAAUAUGCUCCGUGGCAUUCAUCCAGUUCGCACCUUCCUAUAGCUGCCUAGUAAACUCAUUUCUUCAUGUGGUUUCGUUGUCGUGUGAGUUUGAAGUGUCUCAUUAGACCGUUCUGGUUAGUUAGAAAUGAGUUAUGGCUCCUUCCCUUCUCCUUCUUUAUUCUAAGCCCAGGGCCCAGAGCUCAGCUUGAUUCGAAUGGUCUUGAGGGUUGGCAUGGGGAGGGGGAAGCUUUUUUUGAAUCACUUUUUGGUCACUGAAUCUGCCAUUUUAAGAGUAAGAUUUGCUUUAUGGAAAUCAAUUCAUUAAGAAAAGUUACAUUCAAGUUGCAACACCAUUUCACAGUGAAAUAUUUUGAGUAACAUUUUGUUGCUAGAAUAGUCAUGGACAAAAGUUUUAUCACCAAAUGUUUCAACUAUGUUAAUAAAUAAGACAAUGCUACUUGAGUCUGUGUCUUGUUCUAGAACCUUAUCUGUAAGUUGCAGAACUAAUUACUUUUUCUUUAUGGUCUUGCUUGACAGGAGCCAACAGUUGUGAGAAAAAAAAAAAAAGAACAGCAGACGUUCUGCUGAUGAAAUGUGUGUAAUAUACAAGUAAAUACAGCCUAUCCAAGGAUUAUCAACAGGGAAGACUAAUUAGCUAAUUUGAGAAUCCUGGCUAAGUUUUCGGUUUUUGAAAAUGGAAUCUUAGAUUUUACCUAAUUUGUCUUGUACUGUGUUGGUUAACUCUGGCUUCUUGAUAAAAUUAGUAAUUUAUGAAAUAAAAAUAUAUUAGUGAAAAUUAAAAACUUAAAUAGCUUACCCAUUGCCCUCAAGUCGAUUCGCAACUCAUAGCAACCCUACAGGACAGAGUAGAACUGCCCCCGUAGGGUUUCCAAGGAGCGGCUGGUGGAUUUGAACCGGUUAGCAGUCUGAGCUCUUAAAAUACCUUAACUAAGUCAGCAAUUGUUAAAGCCACAAUUUGUUUAGGAAGUGUAAACAAACAAAAAUGAAUCAUUUGUUCAUUGUUCAAUCCUGCUGUUACUACUAUUUUUUCAGCUUUAGCUGUACCACAUAUCCUGUGUUGGUUUAGGUCUAAAUUGCGGUUGUCAUUAGCUAAUAACAGCCGUGAUUCAGAAGGUGAAAUAGCAA